ACAAUAUGGCGGCGUCGUUGACGCACUUUGUGCAGUCAAUGCCUUGUCUACGCACUGCUGCUCCGUACUUUUGUGUAUCGCGCCAUGACCGUGUCAGGAAGAAGCUAAGUCCAAUCGACUGCUUGCGUUAAUCGAUGAAAUAUGGCAGCUGUGGUUAAUAUCAGACCGCCGUCCGACAGCAAUCCCGCUACACCAGUUGCACAGUCGAUGAAGGGUGAUGUUACAGAAGAAGAGUCCAACGAUGGAAGCCAGCCUCCCAAACGACAGAGAAUGGGUUCAGGUGACAGCUCUCGAAGUUGUGAUACUUCAAGCCAAGAUCUUGGACUGACAUAUUUCCCAGCAGAGAAUCUGACAGAGUACAAGUGGCCAGCAGAUGACACGGGAGAGUAUUACAUGCUGCAGGAGCAGGUCAGCGAAUAUUUGGGUGUCACUUCUUUCAAGCGAAAGUACCCAGAUAUGGAGAGGAGAGAUCUGUCCCACAAAGAGAAGCUUUAUCUGCGAGAACAAAAUGUUAUCACAGAGACACAAUGCACUCUGGGUUUAACAGCUCUGCGGAGUGACGAAGUGAUCGAUCUGAUGAUUAAAGAGUAUCCCUCCAAACAUUCUGAAUACUCGGUCAUCCUGCAGGAGAGAGAGCGACAGAGAAUAGCCAAAGAGUAUUCUCAAAUGCAGCAGCAGAAUCAUCAGAAAGUGGAGGCCAGUAAGGUUCCAGAGUACAUCAAGAAGGCAGCGAAAAAAGCUGCAGAAUUCAACAUUAACUUUAAUCGAGAGCGUAUGGAAGAGAGGAGAGCCUACUUUGACCUCCAGACACAUAUUAUCCAGGUGCCUCAGGGUCAGUACAAAGUGCUGACUCCAGAGCUGACCAGGACAGGGCCCUAUCCAGUAGCACUUAUACCAGGACAGUUCCAAGACUACUACAAGAGAUACUCUACUAAUGAACUGCGAUACCUACCGUUGAACACAGCUCUGUAUGAGCCUCCACUGGAUCCAGAGCUGCCUGCUUUGGAUUCCGAGCCUGACUCUGAUGAUGCAGAGGAUGGCAAAGAUGAAAAAAAGAACAAGAACUCUUCUGAUAGUUCUUCAGGCAACACGUCAGACAUGGAGAGCCAGGAGGGAGGAUGUAGACAAGGCCCCAAGUCCACUACCAAAGACCGUACGUCUGCACCAGGCAAGGACAGCAGCCUUCGCAACUCAUUGUCCCACAAAGCCACUCUAGGUUACAAGCCUAAGGUCAUUCCCAAUGCUGUUUGUGGCAUUUGCCAGAAGGGUAAAGAGGCCAACAGGAAAGGCAAGCCCGAAGCUCUCAUUCACUGUUCCCAAUGUGACAACAGUGGUCAUCCAUCCUGCUUAGACAUGAGUGCGGAACUGGUGAGUGUAAUUCAGACCUACCGUUGGCAGUGUAUGGAUUGUAAGACCUGCACCGUGUGCCAGCAGCCACAUCACGAGGACGAGAUGAUGUUCUGUGACAAGUGUGAUCGAGGAUAUCACACAUUCUGCGUGGGCGUGGACUCCAUACCAACUGGGCUCUGGCUUUGUGAAGUGUGUGACAAAGAUUCCAUACCCAAGAAAAAGAGGGGAGCCAAAACACCUAAGAAGUACAAGUCUGCUCAGAAAUGAUUGACAACACCUUUGACUACUCCUGCACCAAAAUCUAAGGGAAAAAAAACACACUGCUCUGAUUUCAGUAAAGACCUAUUAUUGUGAUUACUGUGACCACCUUAAGAAUAUACAUUAAACUUCAUGUGUUGAAUAUUUUGAUCUUAAAUUGCAUUUACGUGAACAUAUUUGCAUCAAGUCCAGGUUUUAAUGUCUUUAAUGUGUAAUGGGGUUUGUUUUUUUUGUUUUUUUUUAGCAGUUGAUAAUAAUAGUUAUGAGUCAUCUUUGGGAUAAUGUCACAUGUAAACAAGAUAGAUCAAUAGUUUUAGGUCUAUCCCAAAAUAGACCAUGUCAGUUUUUGUAAAUUAAGUGAUAAAGAGCGGUGGAUUAAACUGUAGUGAAGAUAUGUGGACGUUAUAUUUGACAACUGGCUGCUUUAGUGAAGCCAGUCUUGAUGAUGAUUUGAUGAUUUUUAGUCACUGGGUUCUCAAAUGCAAAAUGAAAGAUAUGCUAAAUGACCUUUUAGAAGACAUCUUGAAAUAUUAUGUUUUUGUCUGCAUCUUGUUGACUGUCUCGGAGAAGAAAGUUACCUCAAAUGAAUGAUUCAGCUUUCGAAAGAUAUGGCUCGACAAGUUUAGCAGUUAAUUCAUUUGUAUUUGUAUAUUAAUCCACUUAUAAUUUUCUGUUGUCCAGUAGGAGCUUGAUUUUAUGUAAUGCCUGGAAACCGCCAUACCUCGAGACUUCAAAGGACCAAAUAAAAUGUGUGUGUAUUAGAAUGGAAUCAGAUUAAAACGUAUAUGUACCAUAUCUCAUAAA